GCCAGGAGCGCUCGGGAAAUUACCGAAAGUUGCGAUUUUGUGGCGUCGCCCAUGUAACCUACUAAUUAUUUUAAUUUUCCAUUAUUAUAUCGCUCUCACGAAUGUUACGACGCCUUGUUCUGCGAUUAUUAAAUAUGGGGCUGAUGGCCUAACUUUUUAAUUAGCUUGAUAGAUUACCUGUAAAAACACCCAACUACUGAAAACGCGGAGUAUUUCAAUGUAAAACCGUUAAUGUGUCAAAAUAAUUAAGCACUGUAUUUUGCUAAUUUUAUUUCAUUAGUCAAACUUAUAGAAAUAGUCACAGUAUUAAACUGAUUCACAAUCGUUUGGGAACAAACCCAUAAUCAUUCAGCUAUGUCAAGGGUCACAUAAAAAUACAUCCGACAAUGACCAAGAGGACGUUCCAGUUAAAGGCGCCUUAAGUCUGAAUACGCCCCCUCCCCGUGCUGCAGUGUUGAUGCUGACAUGUUCAGCUCGGCGAAGGCAUUACGGCGACACCGGCCCGCAGCACUUAAAAGGGAAUUAAAGGCAAGACGGUGGGAAGUGUCGGAUCGAUGAGCGCCAGCGAUGGUCCGGGCCAAAGCGUCGGGCGCUUUCAGAGGCUUCACUGGGGAGCCAUUGGGAGGAGUGCGGCCAGCACCGAAAAGGUUUCAUGACUUUUAAUUAAGAAGGCGAUCAGGGCUUCAUAAGUUCCAAGCGCAGGAAAGACUCCUGCUCCAUCGCCUUGAGCCGGGAUGCCGCAGACGGAGGGGGACGCCCUGGCCGAGUGCCCGGUUUGCUACGAGGUCCUACACGCCGAUUUGCGGACGCUCAGCUGUGGGCACGUUUUCUGCCACGACUGCUUGGCGAGGACGCUGCUCAGCGGGGCAAGACAGGGAGCAGUCACCCGGAAAAGCAUCACCUGUCCGGUGUGCAGACACCUGACCUUCAUUUCCGAACUGGCCGGGGGUAAAGGCACAGAUUACAGCCAGGUUAUAGAGGUGCCCCCCAUUUCGGUCGCUUGCCGGGAGGACCAGCUCGGGAACUACGUGCUCCCCUGCACAUGGCUCCCCGGGGUUUUUACCCGGACCAGAGCGGUCACCCCCAUCCAGGCUCCGCAGAUCUUCACCAUCAGCGGAGAGGGCCGACCCAUGCAGGACGGGGACCAGGUCAGCGUGGCGAGCGCGGCCGGCGAGCCGCUCACCCGGCGUGGGCGCCCCGCAAACCGCCUGAGCGCCUGCGGCGUCCUGUCGCUGCUGCUCGUCCUCACGUCCCUGGCUGUGGCUUCAGCGAUUUUGCGCUGGAUUCUGCUGGAGCACUCUUAACUUACUUUGCUGGAAUGGGUACGCAGACGUUUUUGAAGGCUGGAAAAAUAUUAUUCAUGAUAAUUGAAGCGUUCCGCUCUGUUGAGUGUAUUUUAAGGUAAAAUGCAGUGCUGGAGACUUGCUUCGUGUUAUUUCUUUGGAGUGUGUAAUUCGACCACUGAUCUUGUAAUCUUAUAGUGUAAAAGUGUUUAAAAUUGUAAAUGGUACCAAAUGCCAAAACCUUUUUUUAACCUUUUUAGAUUUCCACUUAAUCUUGAUACGAUCUCUGUGAAAUGCACAGUAUUAUGAUUCAAAGUGUCCGCACCACAACGAUGUGGAGAGAUUUUAUGCUGUAAUUUAAAAAAAUUCUUAAUAAACUUUUGAAACGA